CCACAAAACUGUGAUUCGGUGACUCCAAGAUCAAGAAGAUUCGUGAAGUCGACAACGCAGGCGAAUAACGGUUCAGACAAGUACGACUUAUCUAGCCCUUGGAUCACUGUCUUGUCGGAUAUCGGCAUGGAACGCUUUAGCGACGAAUCAUCGCUGUUCGAGGCACAUCCGGAGGGUCCACAGUACAUUUGUGCGUCGACAUGGAAGUACACGACUGGAGCGUCUUGCUUCAUCGUCCUGUUCGUAACCAACCUGAUCGUUUUCUUCGCAACGUUCUGCCGCGGGUCGGUCAGCAAGUGA